UCUUCUUCUUCUUCUUCUUCUUCUUCUUCUUUCUCCUACUUCUCUCUUGUUUUGUUUUGCUUUGACUUUCACUAUCCCUUUGUCUUCAUGUUCGUCUGUUUCUGGUUACUCCUCCGUAACAAGAUUUUGUGAGAUGACUCACAUGUUGGUACGAAGAGAGAGACAAGGAAAGAAGAGAAGAUGGGACGUGAAUAUGACUAUGUGUUUCUUCUACUUCUUCGUCUUCUUUGUCAGUUUUCAGAUAGGUUUGUCUUCAUCGGCUCAUGUUGGUUAUUCAGGUCCUCACUUCGUCGGGUCGCCGCCGAGAAAGGCUCUGAGAUACAGUACGGCGCCGUUUCGUGGGCCAUUUAGCAGAGAUGUUAUUUAUGGAGACGACAAGAGAGUAGUUCACACGGGUCCCAAUCCUCUCCACAACUAACUUUUACGCGUUGCUAUUAUUAUCACUUACCCCUUCACCCACCUUCAAGGGCUACAAGCAAAACGCAAAACGCACGACGCAAGAAGCAAGACGCAAAACGCAAACGGGGAACGCUGAUCGCGAUCCAAAGGUACUCUAGUGUAAAAUCGAGUUUGUCAUAGAUUUUGUAAGUUGGAGUAUUUUUUUUUUGUUCUUAUGGAGCAUAGAAACGAUUAUAUUUUAGGUUUUAGGGUAGUAUUAAGAAUUUAAAGAUUAUACACCACUUUUGCCCAAAAGCUAAAGGAGAUUAAAAUUAUCUUAUUAAUACCUAACAUAACUAAAAGAGAAUUGUGAAUUGGUUAAGUGUUGCAACGGUUACAAUGUUGUUGUGUUUCAUUUCACAGAAAAACUGUGAUUUAUCUUAUUUGGUGUGUAAUGUAUCAAGAAAUGUGAGAUGGUAUGGUUUUAGUAAUUGAAAUUUGAGAAGGCUAGUGCA